AUGACAGCUACAGGUUAUUCUCGAGCAGAGUUAUUCGCACAUUGGGCUCGCUUUAAAGCCUUGUGCUCCAUGGCCAACAACUCGCACGGUGUGGAUAAAGAGACGCUACGUCAUGGAGUUCCUCAACUUUCCGCUGAAGAUCAAUUCUUUGUCGAUCGCGCCUUCGAUGUGCUUGAUACGGACGACUCUGGCGCUCUUGAUUGGCCAGAAUUCAUCGCUGCACUGAGUGCACUGGAGAAAGGAGAUGCUUCUCGUCGAAUCGACUUCUUGUUCCACGCUUACGAUAUCAAUGGAGAUGGCUACAUCCAACGCCACGAAGUGCAGAUGUUCUUUUUGGCCAGUUUACUGGUCCCCCAGACAUCUGAAGCUGUCGAUGUAGCGCGACAUUUCGUCGACAAGAUUUUUAUUUCUCUUGGACGAGAACAAAGCGACUCGAUUCGAGUGGAAGACGCCAUGAAGUAUCUACGUGAACACCCAACUAUGGAUGCGUAUAGUGCUCUGGGACGUACAAUGGUGUCCACACCUCCUUCCACUCCAGCACCUUUAGGUAUCCGACCAAGAAGAAAACUCAUGGAAGAAGUUCAGGAUAAAACACAGGUUAAUUAUCCUGUAUGA